AUGAAUGCUUAUCACAUACAAAAAUUUCUGCAGAACGUAGAACAUGUGAUUUAUGAGAAGAACCCUGAUAUCGGAGGCACUUGGCUGGAAAACCGGUACCCAGGCUGCGCAUGUGAUAUUCCGAGUCAUGCAUACACCUAUCCUUUUGCUCUCAAUCCCGACUGGCCUCGUUUCUUUUCCUACUCCCUCGAUAUCUGGAAAUAUCUUGAUAAGGUCUGCGAGGUAUGGGGUCUAAGAAAAUACAUGACCUUCAACACCGAGGUCAUCGGAUGCUAUUGGCAACAGGAGACGGGCGAAUGGCUUGUGAAACUCAAGCAGACGAAUCCUGACGGAAGCACACGUCUCUUCGAAGAUAGGUGCCACAUGCUUCUUCAUGGCACUGGCAUUCUGAACAACUUCAAAUGGCCCAACAUUGAGGGCAUGGAGAAGUUCAAGGGGAAGAUCAUGCAUACGGCUCGAUGGCCCAAGGAUUACCAGGCCGAAGAAUGGAAGAAGGAUCGUGUCGCUGUCAUCGGGUCCGGAGCCUCCAGUAUUCAGACGGUACCAACGAUGCAGCCUCAUGCCAAACAUCUCGAUGUUUUCGUCCGCACAGGUGUCUGGUUCGUGCAGAUUGCGAAUAACUUUGGUGCAAAUCAUGAAUAUACGGACGAGCAGAAACAAGAGUUCCGUGAUCCAUACAAAAUCACUGAGCAUGCUAAAUCCAUUGAGGACCAAGUUAAUGGACUGUGGGGUUCCUUCUACAAGAACUCGAAAGCCCAAGAAGAGGGACAGGCCGCUUUGAAGGCCCGUAUGGCUGAGAUGAUUAAGGAUGAGAGAUUACUUAAAGGCUUCACCCCGACUUUCGGCAUUGGCUGUCGCAGAAUUACUCCUGGUGAUCCCUAUAUGGAGGCCAUUCAAAAACCCAAUGUCGACGUCCACUUCACGCCCGUCGAAAAGAUUGACGAAACAGGAGUUAUCGGUGGUGACGGCAUCCAUCGCGAAGUCGACACAAUCGUUUGUGCCACCGGUUUUGACGUGUCAUACCGUCCUCGCUUUCCAAUCGUCGGCCAGAAUGGAGUCGAGCUGGCCGACAAAUGGAAGCUCUGCCCCGAGGGCUACCUUGGCCUCGCGAUUCCCGAAUUUCCCAACUUUUUGACUUUCAUUGGACCUAACUGGCCCGUGGAGAAUGGCAGCGUCAUGGGCCCGCUGAUGUACGUCUCGUACUACGCCCUGCAGAUGAUCAAGAAGCUCCAGUCCGAGUACAUUUGCAGCAUCGCACCGAAGCAGGAUGUCACGGACGCGUUCAAUGAACAUUGCCAAGAAUGGGUCAAACAUACUGUUUGGGUCGAAGAAUGCCGAUCAUGGUACAAGAAUAACGAGACAGGUCGCGUGAAUGCUGUUUGGCCUGGCUCCUCUUUGCAUUACAUAGAAACCAUCAAAACACCCCGCUAUGAGGACUUCGAAAUCGAAUACCUUGGACCAGCCAAGAAGAACAUGUGGGCGUUCUUGGGUAUGGGCACUGUUCAGGCCUUGGUCAACAAAGAGGAUGUUUCGCCAUAUUUAAAUGCUGAGGCCAUUGAUCCGGAUUGGAUGAAGGCUGUGGGCAUAGAUGCGAGCAAACUGCACGAGACGAGGAUGAAGGAUCUGCAAGCCAAGCAUGAAGAGCAACUGGAGAAGAGCAAACAGAACGUGCAGAAGGUGGUUGUUUCGUAA